AUGUCUUCCAAAGACCGUGACGUCGACGUCGACGUUGAUCGGCCUCCGCGCGACAAAACCGACAAGCCAGAGAAGAAGGCCUCGAGAAGCAAGUCGGACCGCAGCAGCAGGACCGACAAGGAGCACCGAUCCCACCGCGUGAGCUCGCGCUCCUCCAGAUCCAAAAUGACCGACGGCAGCGACCUUCAUUCCCACUCCCACUCCCACCGCCGUCACCGCACCCGCGAAGAACGAGACCGCGACCGUGACCGUGACAGGGACGACCGUUCCUCCUCCAUGACUGAUCUCGUCCCCGAAAUGUCUCGCACCUCGCUCACCGGCCCCGCCUCGACUGACCGCAUCUCGGUGCCCUACCCUACAUUCAGCAAGGCUCACAGCAAAGAGGCCGUCCGUGGCAGCCGUGAGGAUGUGUCCGGGUCCGGGUCCGGCGUCGGUGCCACGAGGAGGCACGACCCCUUCACGCCUGAGGCGACGGACCUGGGCGACAGCGAACUUAACCGAUCCAAGAGCGCUGAUCAGUCCGAGAAGCAACGCAAAGUCUCGUCCAAGAAGGAGUCGAGACCCCCCAGUCCGCCCGAUACGGACUUGUCGGGCAAGAGACGGUCAGGCACGCCCGAGGAGCCGUCCAGAAAGGUUCGCGAGGAACGUUCCAGCUCCAGGCUCAGCGGAGAGGCAUCGAAGAGAGAUCGGGAGAGUAGACCGAGCUCGCGACUCAGCGGCCUCUCACGAUCGGGCUCCAGGGCCGACGACAAGUCCAGGCUAAGCUUCAAGUCCAAGACCAGCAGCCAAGCUACAUAUGUCAAGUCGCCAGCAUUCCCCCCUGGUGUGCACGAGAGCCUAAACAUCAAGCCGAGCGCCUCCCGAACGUUGUCGAAGCGGAGCUCAUCAAGCAAGAAGAGUCGCCGAUCUGAUCACCACGACGACGACUCGUCCCCCGAGAGCCUCCAAGACUCAUCCCCCAGGACCCCAACGCAAGCGCCGCCAUUCCCGCCGCCUUUUGCAAUGCACGAUAAGCCACCGGGAACUCCUCCUCAGGUUUACCGCGAGAACGACAUCACACCGUCCGCGACACCAAUGACCGACAUGCCGCCGCCGCCGCCGCCCACCGGCCCUCCCCCUCCCCCACCGCCUCCGCCCGUGGACGUUCAGGAAGCACCGCGGGUCGACUACCUUUUGCAAAACGGCGGUCUUAUUCAGCCUAUCCCCAAGACAUUCCUCUCGGUCCUGCCCCGGCAGAACGGCGCUCGACCAUCUAACCCGCCCCUGGUUGGUGCGCAGACGUUGUUUGCGCCAUUCUUUAACCUUUUGGACCAGUAUAACUCGGUUCUUAAUCGUAAUGGCUCCGUAGCAGUCGCGACCGGCCAUAGAUCGGUGGCCCGCCGUCUGCUGGACCGCCUCGAGAACGUAUUCUCCAGAGAACUCCCCGAGGAUGGAUGCAUGUGUGUGGUUUGCGAAAGAGGACCCGACAUUCAGCAUCGCGGUUUAGGCUGGGGCGAAGUUCUCGAAUGGGUCAGCGGCCGUAUCGAUCUUCCCCAGUGGCCGCCCUUCGACCUGGCAAGCCUGGGAUCCAAGGCUGUCGAGGUAUCAGCAGACCUGCCGCCCCGUCCCGACUCGCCGGUCAAGAUUGACCCCGAUAUCGCUGAGGAAUUCCGCGAGCAUUACCUCAGACAGUCUAAGAAGGUCAGGGGCGCCGUGGACAAGUGGCUCAACACCUGCGGUGAAACGACCGCACCCCCGCCUCAAGAUGUAGACGACGAGACCCUGACGUUUGCUAUCCUGACGAACCUAGACCCUGAGGACCAGCCGUACUUCAACGCCAUUCUGUCUGGAUCCAACCACCCCAAGCCCGCGACGAGAGCACCGACGCCCUUGCACCGAGCGCGUCCGGAGCUCCUUGUCAAGACGGGCUUGGCCCUGCAGCGCCUCUACCGACUGACCCAAGUGCCGCGAGAUGCCGAGGUCGCCAUGUACCUUGUCAAGAACCCCCACACGCACGAUCUACUCAUCACAAUGUCCGACAUCAACGCGCAAGAAUGGGAGAUCUUGACCUCUGGCAGAUUCGACGGCUUCCUCUGGUCCGGAGCCGACGGCGACGAUAUCGCAACCCCAACAGGCGAAUCGCGUGGCGCGACACCCGCGAGUAACUUUGCCCCCUCUCGGCCCUCCACAAUGAGCCCAGGCGUUCGGGGAACGCCCGGUUACCCAGGAUCUCGCAACACGACUCCGUUCUCUGCCUACUCCCGUGGCGCUACCCCCGCCUCUUUCAUCAGCAACGCAUCGUCCGCCGCGGUGAAUCGCCAGGCGGUCUCUCGAGACGAGGAGAUGGAGAUGGCCGUCCUAGCAGAGGUGGAGCGCGAGAUCUACCAAGGCAUGGAGGCAUUGGAGGACGCGUUCGAGGCGCUCCACCUCAAGGCCGAAGUCGUCCGAACGGGUCUGCGCAACCGUGGCGCCGGCCUGAUGCACAGCCUGCAGAGCCGCCGGCGCAUCGACGUCCUUCCCAACCCGAGCUCCGGCAACUCGCAGUCGUCGGGGUACGAGCGCCCCAGCUGGGCGCAGGGCGACUACGACGCCAACAGCGAUAGCGAGUGGGGAGGCGACGACUUUGAGCUCGCGCCCGACGACUCGGCGAGCAACAUCAGCAGCUCGCGGCACCGACGGCCCAAGAGGCGGACCGAGAGAAGGACGCCGGCGCCGAUCGAGGAAGACGAUGAGGAAAACUGA